GCGCCUCGUCGUGACGUGGCGCGUCGUGCACGCGCCCAUCUCUGCGAGGAGCUGAUGAAGUUGAAGUCAAACUUGGAAGUUACUUUCCCCUUUCUUCCUAUUCAUCAAUAGUCUGUACAGGGAUUUCUUGUUAAGACUAUGUUGGAAAUGAAGCGCAGGAAGACAACAAACCUUUCAACCAAACCGAAUGGAGACCAGAGAGAGAAACAGUUGGGAGACCAGAAACAAUUGGGAGACCAGAAUGGAGACCAGAGAGAGAAACAAUUGAGUCAAACAUCUGGUUGGAUGGACCUACGAAUGGCUUCAUGUUUACUCUCCCUCUUAAUGUGCUCAGGACUAAUAUGGUUUCUUUUUCAGCAGUCAGCUCAAUUGGCUGCAGUAGAGGAGAAGUACAAUUUAUUAAAGCACGAAACCAUAAGGUUUCAAGAUAUGGAAAAUAAGAUGAACAUAAUGUUUGAAGAGUGUGAGAAAACAGCAAGUUUAUUGGAGCAAGUGGAAGGUCUUCAUAUGAAUGCUCAGAUAAAGCAUCUGCAGGAAAAUAUGAACACCAUGAAGACGUGGUCUGAAAGGUUAAUUCAAGAAGAGGAGGCACUUCAGCAGAACAUAACAUCUCUUUUUCAUACAGUCAAGAAACAUGAGGAGGCAACUGCUUCUGCUACUAAUGAGUUUUCUGUCAAGAUUGCAACUGUGAAGACAGACAUUAGACGCAUUUCAGGUCUUGAAGCAGAUGUUUCCUUAUUGGUUGAGGAUCUACAUACUUUAGAAGAUAAAGUAGCUAAAGCUGAAAAGAGUGCAAUACAGAGUAUAGGGAAUCUUCUUACAAACAGCAUUGACAGGACUAUAGAAUUACGAAAUACUGCAACUGAAAAUGCCAGGCAGAUAGAGCACAUUAAGGUAAAGUCAUCUGAACUGAAUGCAGACCUUAACAAACACUCCAAAAGGCUUUUAGAUUUGGAAAGUGAUAGAGCGAAAGUUCUGAGCACAGUAGCUUUUGCAAAUGACUUAAAGCCUAAAGUAUUCAAUUUUAAAAAAGGUUUAGCACAUUUGGAACCUAUGUUAGAUGAGCUAACAUUAAGAAUUGGAAGAUUGCUCGAGGAACUGUUGGAAAGAAAGAAGGAACUUGCAUUCCUGAAUAAGAAACUCUCCAAUUUAACUUUAGUAAGUCUUACCUGAAGUUACUUAACUGAUUUUUUUUCCUAUUUGAACUACUCCAGAAACAACAUGAACUAUACACCUAAAUUUAGAAGCAGCAUUACAUUGAGAGGGGAAAAAAAUAAUGCACGUGGAGUAUUCUGUUGGUUUGUUUCAGUUGUAGAUAUUUAUCUGGUGCUAGCUGCACAAUUAAGAACAGUUUAAUUCCCAUCAACAGAGGUUGAAAUUAAGUGUCGUUGACAGCAACUUCAUUUAUAUUAAAUGAAAAAUUCAAUAUUGUCUUAUUACAGCACUACUUGCAAGUAUAACGUCAAAAAGUGGUUCCUAAGAUUUUUGAAAAACACCAAUUGAAGAUGUUAUUUUUGUUAUAAAUAGCAAAUGCAUCUUUCAAAUAGCUAUUUAUGUAGCUAAAUUUGAGAACAUUUGCAUUAAAUUUAAAAAAUACUUUUGUAUGUUUUCUAUUAAAAUUGAUGAGCUAGAUGAAA